AUGGCAAAAGCGAUGGAUUCUCUUCCUGGCAGCAUUCGCUGCUAUGUUUCGCCGAUGAGCAGUUUCAUAUUCUACCCAGCGAUCACGUCAAUAGCAUCGGAUCUUGGCGUGACUGUUGGGAACGUGAACCUGGCUAUCACAACGUAUAUGAUAGUUUCGGGCAUCACCCCAGCUCUACUGGGGAAUGCCGCUGACAAAUUUGGUCGACGGCCUAUUUAUAUUCUGGCAUUGUCAAUUUACAUCGUCGCAAACAUUGGCCUGGCCCUUCAAAGCAGCUUUCCAGCCUUAUUGGUGUCGAGGAUGUUGCAAAGCGCGGGGAGCUCCGGGACUAUUUCACUUGGGUACGGGAUCAUUUCAGACAUCGCGAGUCCUUCUGAGAGAGGUUCGUAUGUCGGUCUGUUCAACCUUGGUCCCAAUGUAGCACCGCCUCUCGGGCCAGUCCUGGGCGGUGCUAUUGCUGCUAAUUUGGGAUGGAGGUGGAUAUUCUGGUUUAUUGCGAUCCUCGGCGGUACCUGCCUCCUACUGGUGUUCCUCGCGUUGAGCGAGACAGCUCGAGGUGUCGUUGGUAAUGGCCAGGUUCCUGCCAAUGGUCUCAACCGGAUGCCCAUACCUUUCGUCUUGAAUGGGAAGAAAGGCGAUACGGAGGUGUACAACGAGCCGGCAGAAGCUCGCAAGUGGUCUUUUCCUAACCCUAUAACUUGUCUCAAGCUCCUCCUCGAAAAUGACAUCUUCAUUGUGCUGCUCUGCAACGGAAUCUACUACGCCACUUAUUGUUGUGUGCAGGCAUCCCUGUAA